GAAAGGGUAGGGAUGGAAUGGCAUAUUAAGAGAGCGAAGUCUAAAACAGUCACUUUCUUCACCGUCCGAAUCGGAUACAAUGUCAUGGUUGGCUCGCUCCAUUGCCAACUCCCUUCGCCUUGAAGACGAAGAUCACCAACACAACGACGCCGUUUCCCCCAUUCCCUCCCAUCCUCCUUCUCCCUCCACCACUCAACGCAACCUCAUGGAUUCCCAAUCCCAACUCGACGAUGAAGCAUUAUCUCGCGGUGUCAAAGACGACUUGACCGAAUUCAAACAAACCCUAACCCGCCAAUUCUGGGGCGUCGCCUCUUUCCUUGCCCCGCCCCCGCCUCAUCCUCGCCCUGAUGGGGAUCUACCUGCCCUUUCUGAUUGGAAGCCCUCCGACCCCUCUAAUCACUCUGAUCCCUCCAUCUCCGGGGACGAAGAGGACGAAGAAUACGAAGACGACCCCUCCGAUCCGGUUGAGGUAUUGAAGAUGCGUUCGAAUUAUGAUGCGUGUGCGAAAUCAGGGAAUUUACAGGGGGAAUGCUAUGAGGAGGUGGAUUGGGGGGAUGCUGUUGGGAUCACUGAUGAAGUGCUGACGUUUGCCACGAACAUUGCAAUGCAUCCUGAGACUUGGAUUGAUUUCCCAAUUGAUGAGGAGGAGGACAACGAUGAUUUUGAAAUGUCUGAUGCCCAAAAAGAGCAUGCUUUCACUAUUGAACGUCUUGCUCCUAGAUUAGCUGCUCUCAGAAUUGAGCUCUGUCCUUGCCAUAUGAGCGAGAGUUACUUUUGGAAAGUCUAUUUUGUGCUCCUGCAUUCAAGGCUCAAUAAGCAUGAUGCAGAGAUUUUAUCUACUCCACAGGUAGCAGCAGCAAGAUCAAUGUGGAUGCAGGAAUUACAAAAGCAGACCAAGCCAGAGUCUUACUGGGGUGACAGAGACACUUUUGAAUUGAAAGACAGGUCAGAUGUGCUGCAGGAAGACAGUAGUCCCAUGGCAUUCCAUGAUACUCAUUCUGGAUCGACGUUGCCUUGGACAUUUACAUCCGAGCCAAGCAUGUCAUCUGUGUCGAGCAAUUAUGAGACAGAAAAAUAUCAAAUGGAGAGUUCUGAAACACAAUUCAUUGACAAGUCUGUUAUUGUUGAAAAACCUCUAAUUAAGAAUGAGGAUAAAAACUCGACAGUUGGGUCUUCUUCAAAAUUCCUUGCUCGAAACUAUGAGGAGGAGUCAGAUAAUGACUGGCUAGAGGAAGACUCUGAGUUAGGUGGUUGUAAUGGGACCAUUCUCCCUCUGGAGAACGAAGAAGAUAUUUCUUUCAGCGAUCUGGAUGAUGAUGAUAUGGUUCUGCCAGCUAAAUUCAAGAUUGCUUCGAAAGAAUAGGGAAGCUCAACAAUAAGAACCAAAAAUUCAAGGUGUUGCUUCCGAUUGUGUAUGUUUUGCUGAUGAGGCUAAAAGAAUUACAAAGUCAGUCCGACAAGAUUGUUGGGUUUCAGAUACCGAUAUUGAAAUUGCUUUUAGUGGGUUGGGUGCAAUUGUAAAUGAUACGAAUGAUCAUUCUGAUUUGGAAGAGUGUAUUUUCAUAAUGUGUUUCUAUUUGGUUUCUAGUUUGGGAAUUGUGUAAAGAAUGUACCAGUAAAUAGACAAAGGGAAAAGAUAUAAGAUUCUUUUUGUUCCAUACCA